AUGUGGGACGAAAAGGGAGACUACUGCGAAGUCAUAGAAUUCUGCGCAGGUGGAAACUUGUUCUCGCUCAUCAAAUCCACCGGAAAGCUCAUGCCCGGUGAGGCCGACUGUUUCUUCCAACAAUUGAUGCGCGGCGUCAAGUACCUACCCGAAAUAGGGGUCGCGCACCGGGACAUCAAACCAGAAAACAUACUUCUGACCAUCGACGGUGUAAUAGAGAUAACGGAUUUCGGUUCCUGCGACUGUUUCAGGAUGGCAUGGGAAUAUGAUGCCCGGAUGAUCUCUGGCGUACGUGGCUCUGAGCCUUAUAUCGCUCCUGAGGAGUACACCGAGACAGAAUUCGACGUCCGAGCCGUUGACAUGUGGGCUUGUGGCGUCGUCUUUGUGGUCAUGCGUACCGGCCGCUACUUCUGGGAAAUGGCAAGCAAGGCCGAGGAUGAGCUGUAUGCUUGCUAUUUGGAAGAUCGCCGGCUUGAAAGCGGCUUUGCCCCUAUCGAGGCUUUUCAUAAGGUUGGCAAUUCCUCAUUGCGGAUAGAUCUUGUCGGUUUAGUAAUAACUUUGAACUACUAG